AUGAGUAGAGGGCACAACAGGCCAGUGACGUUUGUCUUCGAGGCACAAGGAGGGGCGUCGUCUGGCCUCAACAAGUCCACCAUCAACGCUCACAUCGCACGACAAGCACAUCAACGGCGACGGGAAAAGCAAGCCGCUCUGCGGGCAGAGGGACGCGGCAGCAGCAGCAGCUUCAGCAGCAGCGACAGCGACAAUAACAGAAAGAGACAGGUAGAACAACACCAACAGCCCCAACAACAAAAGGGGUCCCCCACCACCGAGGAUUAUGAUAGUGGCUACGAGAGCGGCAUCCCCUCGCCGGUGAAGCUGGCGGGGAACUCUGACCCGUUCUCGACAAAGGCCAUCGCCGUCACGCCCGAAGUCAACCGUCUCCUGGUCUUUACGCGGGACUUCAUCCUCCCCGCCGCGCACGCCACUGAGGCCUCCGUCGCCGGAGGGCGUCUCCACAUGGCCCGGUUCUGGAGGGACAGCGUCCGCGGACUCGACAACGGCGGCGGCGUCGCGGGCUACGCGUACCUCGCGCGGUCGGCGGCCAUCCUCUCUACACUCACGCCCCGGGACCGCUCGAGCGUCGUGGCCUUGCAGUACCUGGGCAAAGCGACGAGCAAUCUGCGGAAAUCCAUCGUCAUGCACAGCAGCAGCAGCAAUCCGGACGCCUCGCAGGCCGAUGCGUGGGACGUGUACGCGCUGUUCUGUGCCGAGAUCGCUGCUGCCAAUCUGUCCGCCGCGGCAGUGCAUGGAGCGAUGCUGAGACGCCUGCUCCAGCCGGUCGGGCGCACUGUGCACGCGGAGCGACGCCUCUUGAUGGUGGUGCUGCAGCAGGACAUCACGCGGGCGUGUCUUUCCCUGACGAGGCCCUCGUUCGACCUGCACCGGUGGGCAGAGGAAUACCUUCCGGCCCGGAUCACAGACGACCUCAACGACGACGACAACAACGAUGAGGAUGGGCGAGGAGGAGACCACAACUACCCGUCAGCGUUCCCCUUCUCACCGGGCGAUCUGUCUCCCUCGCUCUCUCCCGCCCUGCGAACCAUCUUCCUCGGCGUGCGCGAGUGGCUCGACGCGCUGGGCAUCGUGAUGCUCAACCGCGACCUGUUCAACCUGGCGCUGCUAACCAACGGCGCCAUGAAGAUCAUGGUGCUCGAGGGCCACCUGCUCAACCUGUACCUGGACAACCACAGCAUCAUGGAGGAUGACGAUUCGCUCCGGCGCCAGUCUCCCGCUGCCGGCGCGCUGGCACUGGCCGAGGCCGCCAUGGCCCUUGCCGCGCUGUACUGGGUGCGCCGCGCCGCCCACGAGAGGAUGGACGCGGGAUCCAAGCUCGAGGAAGCCGGGUCGUGGGCCUUUGACAUGAGUCGCGCCGUGGCGACCACGCUGCGCGAUCUUGACCUGAGGAUUCUCCAGUUGGAAGCGUCCUCCUCAUCGUCCUCUCCCGAGGCGCACUACCAGGUCCGCCGCUCUCCCCAAGACCGGCUCUGGUGUCUGUACGUGGGGACCAUGGCCGAGUGCAACGUCCGCGCACAGCAGAGGCACAGCCAGAGCCAGAGUCAGAGUCUGACACCCCCAUUCCCGACCGAGCAGCAACACAGUGCAGGUGCUGACGAGUAUUAUGACGAGUACUCCUACCACGGCACACAGCUCGUCCAGCUCACCACCACCGGGGCGUGGUCCGAGAUCGAGCCGGUGCUGCAGCGGUACCUGUACAUCGACAUGAUCAGCCUCAAGGCGAAACGGUGGUUCGCGAAUAAUCAAUUCACGCCAGGGCCGCACGGCUUGUUUUCUUGA